UAACCUUAAUUCAACAUAAUUAUCAAAAUUUACCUUUGUGCCAUACAAUUUGAAAGGACGGGUUGAAGGCACAUGAAAGUUUAUUAUUUAGUGAAGAUUAGCAAAAAAAAAUAUUAAACUAAAUAAUUAUCUUCCGACAGUCCUAAUUUUAUACGAUAAUUUGAUUGUUCAUUUAAAUUCCUAUGGGAGACAGAAAUUGAAAUGAAUAUGUUAAAGAAUAUAAAUGACUCUCGUAAGCAACAAUUAGAGAAACUGAAGAACUUUACUGAUACAGUUAACGAAGAAAUUGCCAAUAUCGUUGGAACGUUAGGUUGGACUGUGGAGAGUGUAACGGACGUGGACAAAGAAUAUUUCACAUGUCCAUAUGAUCCGUCCCACCGGUUAACAGAAGCCUCUCUCAAUGAUCAUCUUAUUUCUUGUCAAUGGAAAGCUGAAGGUUAUGGAAAGCUAGAUGUCCCAUUACCAGAACCAAUUCUACCAGAGGAUUCACCAUUCUGUAUAAAGUUUGAUAAGCAACUGCAAGAACAAGUGCUUAGGAAUGCCAAAGAACAAAAUUCAGCAAUGCAAACUGGUAUGGGUGAGCGGUUAGUACCGCGUACAUCUGAUAGGAUUGUCAUAGAUUUCACUAGUGAUGAAAGGAAAGCACUAUAUGACUACGUCAUCGCUAAUACUACAAAGCCAGAUGUUGGAGAAGAUAUUGCAAAUAUUAAUAAUUUGGAGCCACAAGAAAAAGAAGAUAAAGAGUUGUCAUUUUUGGAGUUGUUAAUACAAGAGCGGAACUUGAAAAGGCGUCGAGUAAAGCAUAAAGGCGUUCAUACAAACAAAAGAUCUUAUGUUGAAAUUCUCAGAGAAGUGAUUAAUCAACAAAUGGAAAUAUUUGUAGAUUAUGUCUCUGAACAAAGUAAUUCUGGACAUGUAACAGAUGUUCGCAACACCGAAACAGAUGAUUUAAAUUAUGAACAAAUACAAGAUAGAACUGAACACUUAUAUAAAGUAUUUCAUUCUUCUCGCAACAAUGACGAAUAUAAUUCUAGAGAAAGAAAUGGCCAUCAUCACAAGAAGAAAAGAGAGCAUUCAGAAGAAAGAAAUUAUCAUCGAUCAAGAGAACGAGAUAGACAAAAAAGAUAUUUGAACGAAACAGACAAAAAGCACAAGCAUGAACAUAGAAAUAUAGAAAUUUCAUCGCAUUCGAGAGAACGGAAGUCGCACAAAAAAGAUAAAUAUCGAAGCAAAGACAAACACAAAGAUAAAUAUUCUGAAAAGAAACAUAAAUCUGGAGAUCGUGAUAAAUCAUCAGAGAGACGUUCAAAGCAUAGUGAUCAUAAACGUGCGCGAAAAGACAAAAGUAAAGAAUACUAGCUGUGAACUAAUUAUGAAAAUAAUUACA